AUGGGCAAGUUCGCUCUUGCUCUCGGGGCAGCAGCGCUGUUUACCUCGAUUGCGCCCGUCAUCGCAGCGCCAGAACCAGCCACGAUUGGUUUCAAGUUUGAGAAGAAGCGUGUGGCAGCAGCAGAUGCUCCCCACAGAUUGACUCGGCGGCAGACCAUCUCAGUCGGCUUGGACAACGAGAUCCUCCUCUACUUCAUCAAUUGUACAGUCGGCACUCCUCCUCAACCCUUCUCACUCCAAAUCGAUACGGGCUCGUCGGAUAUUUGGUUCCCUGCCGUCCAGGCAGACAUCUGCCAGCAAGAUCCUGACAACUGCCCCUUGGGCACCUACGAUGCCUCCGCGUCCUCGACCUACGUCGAUCCCGACCUACCCGAGUUCCAGAUUCAGUAUGUCGACGGCACACAGAUCGCAGGCGCAUACCUUUCCGAUGUCCUGAAUGUUGGUGGGACACAAUUGACAAACAUGACCAUGGCUGCCGCAUUGCAAGCCAACACUCGAGGCAUCGGCAUCAUGGGCAUUGGGUUUGAAUCCGGCGAGUCGUCGGCCGUGCUCAAUGGCUUCACCUACCCCAACGUCAUCAAUGUCAUGAAGAAUGAGGGCAAGAUCAACACUUUGGCGUACUCGUUAUGGCUGGACGACCUCGACUCGAACACCGGAGUCAUCCUGUUCGGCGGCGUCGACACGAACAAGUAUCACGGCGAUCUGAUCUCUCUGCCCAUCCAGCUGGACGAACAGACUGGCACGAUCAGCUCCUUCACUGUCGCCUGGACUGGUCUGACUGUCCACGGAAGUGGCCAGACCUCUGACUUCUCACCAAGCGACCCCCAGCCUGCCAUUCUUGACUCCGGAACCACCGAUACUCUCCUACCCGAUGACAUUGCCAACAGUAUCUUCAAUGGCGUUGGAGUUUUGACCGAUCCCCAAUUCGGAAACGUUGUCAGGUGCUCGCUCGCCGACGAUGACUUGACCUUCACCUUCACAUUCGGUGGUGAAGGCGGAGCAGUUGUCAAUGUGUCUCUUUCCGAGUUUGUGACUCCUCUGCUCACAACAGACGGCUCCCAACCGACCUUCGACAAUGGCGAUCCCGCCUGCUCAUUCGCCAUUGAAGCCGCCGGCGACAAUCCCAUCCUCUUCGGCGACUCCUUCCUCCGCAGCGCCUACGUCGUCUACGACCUGGAGAACGCCCAAAUCGGUCUCGCUCAAACCAAUUUCGACUCGAGCAAGGCCGACAGCAAAGUCGAGGUGUUCCAGGUCAGCAGCGGCAUUCCUAAUGUCGUGUCGACGGCGUCGGCAGCGACUGUGGCACAGAGUUUUACCGGUAUCCCGCGUAUCACACAGUCGACCGCCACGGCGACCGGCGAACUCGGUGGAGGUACUAGCCGGAGCGCGACCUUCAACUUGACCCCUGCGACGGCGACCAGCACCUCGGGAUCCGGCAGUGGAAGUGGAAGUGACUCGGGUGACUCGAAUGCCGCCAAAGCCAAUUUCCGUGCUGCCUCUAUGGAGACGACCAGCAUUCUGGCUGCUGGUGUCGUGGUCCUUGGCUUCGUCUUUGGUGGCGGCUUGAUGUUGUUCUAG